AUGUUUGUUUACAACUUUAUUUCGAACUUAGUAUUUGGUGUUACUGAAUUUAAACAGUCUAAACCGCAAAAGACUGCUCAAAUACCUAUAAAUUUAUCUAGAGGAACUUUCCAUUCCACUUACUGCAGUAAUCGCAAGCCCAUUAAUCCACACUCCAAAUAUUAUCAACAACUGAAUUCUAAUCAACAACACUUCCAUUAUCAUCAAUAUAAUAAACAAUAUUCGAACAAAAAAAGCUCCUUCCAAAAGGCACGCUACUCAAAAUCACCAAAAAUGCCUCCAGCCGCAUACUCAACCUUUCAUACUCAUUCUACAACAGCCUCUGCUUACGUUGCUGCUACUAUGAAUUCACCUAAUACCAAUAACUCUUCAAAUAAAACUCCUAAUAACAGAAGGGUCAUUGAUAAUGAUUAUAGAUAUAAAGUUGUAGAUGAUAUUUGUGCUGAAACAAAUUUAUAUACUAUAAUUGGUGUUGACCGGGGUUGCAGUUCAGAUGAACUUAGAAGAGCUUAUAUCAGUAGGUCUCGGAUCUGUCAUCCUGAUAAGUUUCCUGAAUAUCCAAAAGCAACUGAAGCAUUUCAAAAAUUGGCUUAUGCUUAUGAAACACUGAAUAAACCAUCAACGCGUCGUGCUUAUGAUAUAUCAGGAACUAGUGAUUUAGGUAGUGUCAAUGGUACUGGUGACGAAACGUUACAUGGUGUUUUAUAUCAAUUGUUUUUGGAAUUCAUGGACGGUGAUUUCGAAAUGAUUAGAGCUUUAGUUAAUGCAUUAAAUGAAGGUAAUCCUGGUCUCAACUUAGGUGAAGAUGCUAUUGAGACUUUGGAAACUGCCUUCCGACGAAUGAGAGAAUUACUUUUAGCUGGUAAAAAAUACGUUAAAAUUGUUCAAUUCGAAUUAAUCCGUCUAUACGAAAUUCAACAACAACUUCGUACUCUUUCAUACUUUGAUGUACUUGGUCGUCUGCGAUUAACCAUCCAACUUGCUCGAAUAACGCUAACAAUACCUUUAUUAAUUGAUAAUUCAAUGAAAGCUGAAUUUGAGCAUUUAGGUGGUAAACCUGGUAUGAAUAAGGGACUAUUAGGUGAUGGUAUGGCUAAAGUCAUUGCUGGUCUAGUGACUAUUUUGGAUCGAGGUGAAAAGUUUGUGUAA